AUGGUGCGCGUGCCCGGAUCUUCGGAAGACGCGGUAUUUCACCGCGAGUCCCCAGAAGAUAAAGAUGUUCAGGUCAAGAAUGAGUACAAGAUCGAAGAUCCACUGGAAGACCGAUCGCCAGUGACUAAAGAAGAAAGAACAAAGGAUCGAAAAACCGACCAGACCUUGGGAGAGGGCCCGGUCAACAAGGUCGAGGUUGAACAUCUUCAAGAAAAACCUAAAUACCCUCCCUAUGUUCUCGUAGAGGACACCUUGGGUCAUGAUGCCUGA